AUGUCACUACUAGAUAUACUACAUACUAGUCGGGAAUUAUUUAAUUAUGGAUCAGACUCAUUUUAUAAUAUCAACCAUAAUAACACAGUCAGUGCUUCAUACCUACUAAUACCGAAUGCCGGAGAACCUGAUCCAAUUCAAACUGUUGGUCCACAACGAGUUUUUACAACUCAAUUAGUUUUAACAACAAUAUCUGGUUUAUUUUUAUUCAUAUUGUUUUGCAUUAUGAGAUACAGGUGGCCUCAUAUAUAUGCAGUUAGAACAUUACGACAACAAUCCAAAAACAUUUUAAAGCCCUUACCAAAUAACCUAUUUGGUUGGAUGAAAGUUGUUUACAAAAUAAAUGAUGAAGAUAUUUUAACUUAUUCAGGAUUAGAUUCAUAUGUUUACUUGGCUUUUUUCAAGAUGGGUAUUAAAAUAUUCUUUGUAUUGACAAUAUUUUCAAUAUUGGUAUUAAGUCCUUUUCGAUAUUAUUUCACUGGUGAUUAUGAUAAAGAAAAUAUACCGUCAAUAAUAAAUUUAAUUUCAAUAUUGAAAUCAAAACCAAAUAGACCGCCUGAUUUCAAUGACGAUUUCCCCAAAUUCUUAUGGGUUUAUCCAAUUUUCACAUAUCUUUUUUCAUUUGUUGUCUUUUAUUAUUUAUAUGAUUUUACGGAUAUUGUAUUGAAAACAAGACAAAAAUAUCUAGCUUCUCAAAAUUCAAUAACUGAUAGAACUAUAAAAUUAGAUGGUAUACCCAAAAAAUUAUUAAGCAGGGAAAAAAUUAAGAAAUUUAUUGAAGAUUUAGGUAUUGGGAAAGUUGAAGAUGUUAAAUUAAUUUAUAAUUGGACUCCAUUACAAUUACAAUUUGAUGAAAGGAAACAUUUAGUAUUGAGGUUGGAGUACCUCUAUGCAUCAGAAUAUGAAUUGGAUAUUGAUAUUUUUAAUCAACAACGAGUACCAGCGGUAAAUCCAAUCUGGACUGAACCGACUGGUAAUGAAUAUGCAAGAGAAGAAAUAAAUACUUUAUCAAAACAAUUAACCGAGUUGAAUGGUGAUAUAAAAUUAACACAAGGAAAAUUCGAUACGGAAGCAUCAACAAUAAACGCAAAACAACAUCCUGAAUUUAGCGUUAUUCCAUCUGCAUUUAUAACAAUGGACUCUGUUGCAUCAGCACAAAUGGCGGCUCAAACUAUUUUAGAUCCAAGAGUUUAUAAGUUAAUCGUAAGUUUAGCACCAGCACCCAAAGAUAUAAUUUGGAAUAAUUUAAAAUUAACAUAUGGAGAAAAAUUAUUAAAAUCUUAUAUGAUUACUUUUUUAAUUGUGUUAAGUUAUGGAUUUAUUAUAUUCUUGGUUAUUCCAUUAACUUCAUUGUUGGAUUUAAAAACAAUUACUAAAUUUUGGCCAGCAUUAGGUGAAUUAAUAGGUAGAUCAGAUUGGUUAACUACUUUUGUAACUGGUAUUUUACCACCAUUAUUAUUUACAUUAUUGAAUAUUUCAUUUCCAUAUUUUUAUAGAUACUUAUCAGAAUUACAAGGUUAUUCAACAAAUAGUGAAAUUGAAUUAUCAACAUUAUCCAAGAAUUUCUUUUUCAUUUUUUUUAACUUGUUUUUAAUUUAUGUUGCUGCAGGUACUUUUUGGGAUUAUAUGUCAUAUAUUAGUGAUACUACAAAAAUUGCAACUCAAUUAGCUACAAGUUUGAGAAGAAUGUCAUUAUUCUAUGUUGAUUUAAUUUUAUUACAAGGUUUAACUAUGUUUCCCGUGAAGUUGUUACAAAUUGGUGAUUUCUUUUUAUUGAAUAUUUUGGGUAAAGUUUUCUUUAUCAAGACAUUGAUUUUAAGAACUCCAAGAGAUUAUAGAUCUUAUUAUUAUACACCACAAGUAUUUGAUUUUGGUAUAAAUUUACCUCAACAUAUUAUGAUAUUUAUGAUAAUUUUAAUUUAUUCAGUUGUCUCAACAAAAAUAGUAACUUGUGGGUUAAUUUAUUUCAUAAUUGGAUUGUUUGUAUACAAAUAUCAGUUAGUUUAUAAUUUUGUUCAUCCUCCUCAUUCAACUGGUAAAGUUUGGCCAAUGAUAUUCAGAAGAGUUAUAUUGGGAUUAAUAAUUUUCCAGUUAUUUAUGUGUGGUACAUUAGCUUUAGAAAGUGCAAUUUUAUUAUCCAUAUUAUGUACUCCAACAAUCUUGGUGACUAUAUGUGUUUUAUAUAAUUUUGAAAAAUAUUAUGUCCCAUUGAAUGACUUUAUUGCCUUAAGAGCUAUAUUGAAUCCAUAUAAUUUUGAUAAAGUAUUUGACAAUGAUGAUGUUUCAUUCACUUCAGGCGAAAAUUCAAACCCAUCAUCAACUAAUUCAUCAGCUAUACUAGAUGACAAUGAACACGAUGAUGAACCAAUAGAUGAACUGUCAUGUUUAUUAGGUCAAGAUGAUGUGGAAUCAAGAUAUGUUGAGCCAGUAUCUGUCGAACAACAACAACAACCAAUAUCAAGUAACACCACCAAAACUAAUAAAAAAAUAUCAAGAAGAAAAUCAACCAUUGAUGAAGAUCGUGAACAAUUCACCGAUUAUACUUAUCCACCAUUAGUUGAUCCAUUAAAUGGUCCAUGGGUGGGAUUCACUGGUAAUAUAGUAUCAAUGGUAGAGUAUCAAACUCAAACUGAAAAUAUCUUAGGGGCAAAUACAAAUAAUGGAGAUACAAUUCAUGAUAAUGGAGAUACAACUAUUGUUUCAACUACAGAUAGAGAAACUAUAAUAAAUAAAAGAUUGACUGUAAGUGAAUGGGAAUAA